GCAUUCCAGCAGAAAAACAAGCAACACAAGCAUCGAAGCACCAUGGUGGACGGCAGCAGUAAAAGCAGCGGAGGCCUCAAGGGCUUUUUCCAAAAAGCGUACAACUCUCUGGAAACAUUGGGCAAAACGGGUGGUGGCUAUGUGUUUGCGUAUUCCAUGUGGGCCGCCAAGACGGGAGGAACGCUAGGAUUCUACUUUGCCACCACGGCCAUGGUCACAUUCAUGCCUCUGCUAUUCGAAAUCAGUCGAGAGAGACAGCAACUGGAGACAGAACGGUCUCUUGUGAAGGACCUGAGAAGUCAAGGAUUUGGAGACCGACAAUUACAAGAAAUGGGAUUUACCACCGCCUCGAUCCAUGAACCUUCUGUGGCCUCCCUCAAGAAGUAGAUUAUGUUUCAGGUUCCUUCCUUUCUCAAGAGGCAGGUUACUUUGUCUAUAUUUAUUUUGUUUGGAUUGGCGGAUGGCCAGCAUAUACUUUUUUCUAUCUCCGCGUCUAAACGAAACAGAAUCCCCAUUUUGAAGUGCUUGCUAGCUUGGGAUGUGGUUCCACACACACAUCCAUCUCUAGCUACUAGAUAGAUACUAUCUCUAGUUACACUUCAGAAUAAAGAAUGAUUUACAUAGUUUGAAUGAGCACG